AUGCGCCAAGGGAUCGCUUCCUCUGCACCCCCUUCGCCGCAGGUGAUGCCGUGUUUCAAGCCGCAAAUUAUUUACUCCAAUGAAACGUCUGAGCGCGUGGGGCGCGCCACAAACGCCACCAUGGACGCUCUCAACGCUGUCCUGCACAACGCCUCCAGUCAACUUGCGGCUGCGACUGCCACGCUGGCACCCAACACCUCCGCGCAGCCGUUGCCCAUCGCGGGGCGGUCGGGUCGCCAUUGUGUCAUGGAGGACAACUUCACCACCGCGCGGACGACCACAAACGCUGUGCUAAACGAUAGCCUUAGCAGGACUACUGGGCCGAUCUCGAGGCACGUGCCGCAUCUGUCGCUGGUACAUGUGCUUGCCUGGUUUCUGCUUUUUGCCACCAUAACGGUGACGACGGUGACCUUUCUCAACUACUGCCUGCGCAGCAAGCACGGCUCCGCUUAUUCCGCCGAGACGGGCUACGGUGACGAGGAGAUGUGCGGCAAGACCGCUGUGCCGUUCUCGGUUUCUUCUCAGAGCGUGCAAACAGAGGGUCUAAGUGGGACGCCAUCGUCGUCGAGCCGCCUGCUCGCCUCCCGCGGCAACCUCGCCCGGCAGCAGUUUUUGGAGUCGCGCAAGUCGGGCAGCAAUCCAAAGUGCUACGGCGCUACAACCUCCACAUCUCCUGCUAAUUGA